AUGCCGAAGACGACGAAGGUUGUGGUCAAGUUCCAUUGCCCGUUUUGCGACGAUGUUUUUAAACGCGAUGAUAAGCUACGCAAACACCUGAAGAAGGACGAGAGAAGCAAGCUGAGGACGAGUGCGGAUGCUGCACUGUACAGGAGAGCCUACGAAGGCAAGUGGAGGCCAGAGGAGGCGCCGGCACCAUCGAGGACCGUGACAGUCCCUGUUGAAGUUCCUCGGGAGUCCGAGAGUAAUGAUGCUGUGCGGACUUCGAAAUCGUCGCAGAGUUUGAAGCGGGUUGCAGAAGAAGGCGACCGAGGUGUUGAAAUGGCACGGAAGAGCACGAAGCACCAGUCUGCGAGUACACCACAAGCUCAGCGGCCACCAAUAACUCGACAUCUCAGAACGAACCAUGGUAAUCAUGGGAUUCCUCCCGUGACUCCCCGCCCUGCACCACCUCGAGCCUUCAUAUCGCGAACAAUUCCCUCAGGCUCGACGCUUACAGCUACAGCUGCACGGACACCCCCCUCACCCUCCUCACCCCCCUCACCCCCCUCACCCCCCUCCUCGCCUUCACCACCGUCACCACCGUCACCACCUUCACCGGCUUCACCGGCUUCCAAACAGCACAUUGCCGCUCCGGUUGAACAGAACGACGGUUUGCAGUGUAUCUACUGCUAUCGGAACUAUCAGUCAGCAGAAGGGCUGCUGAAGCACCUGGUUAACGGUGAAUUGCAGGGCGUGCCAAACAGAAACUUACGGAAGCCUGGCCUUCUAUUCAGGUUUUCGGAAGAGAUCGUACGAAUUCUCUCCAUAUCCGAACCACCUUCUGUCAUUGGCUCUAACUAUACGUGUGCGUUUUGCCUAUCGUCCUUUCCGAGUAAGUCUGGCCUUCAGUCACACAUCCGGGCUGUCGAAGUCGAGAGAGUUGCGACCGCAAAGAGACAUCUUGUCCAGUGUCUCUACUGUCACACAUCUUUUCCUCACGAAGAGUCGUUGAAAUCACAUCUGUAUGAGGUGGAAUUACCUCGGAUAACUACUGCGGCGGAGCUCGUUCGUUUCGUUGAAGUGGUUAGAAGGUUUCGGCCGCAGUACCGUUUUCAGGAGAUUUUCUCGUUUGUGAAGCUUGUUGAGGUUGUUUGUCCAUUGCAACACAGUGGGUGUAGGCGGUGUUUUGCGAGUGAAGUGGAGUUGAGGGAACAUCUGCUCCGGCAGACAUUGCCUCUGGCGACGAGCUCGAAGAAGGAAGCGACCGCGGAGGCGCCGCGGCAACGUAACUCGCUGUUACAGAGGGACGAGCCGGGCGCUUCGCCAUCAAGGGGGUCCAGAAUGUCAACAGGGACUAAGGAGGAUGUGUCUGCGAUGUGCACAGACGGUUCGGGAAAGCGGUAUCAGGAUGCAUGUAUCUCUAGCGCAAGCAAAGAGAGCGGUGUCGACAUGAAGAAUAAUAGGUCAGGGUUCAGUGUGAAUGGAACGGAUUGCCCCGAGCAGAGGCUGAACUACUCUGAAUUGGAGUCCGAGCUGUCUGGGACUGCGUAUGAUGCACAUGAGGUUGCAGCGACGUCUGAACCUUGUCUUGCUGUAUAUAUAGACUCGAAAGUCGUGAGUUCAAUGGAAUUCGAUGCGUCCUUUGAUGAGGGCAGCGGAAGUACGAACGAUCUUCCGGACUCCUGGAGUCUGGAUUCUGCAAGUCAUCGCGAAUCGGACGUAUUAACACCCGACGAGGAGUCCGAGGAGCAUACUCCGGUCUCGCCUGACACCGAACCGACUUGCGCAGGCGAAAAUGCUCGUGAGCAGGACCAACACGAUGACCCCAUAGCAGCUCCGGUUGCGGACUCUGCUUUGCCCUUACCGAAUGCAUCCCUACUCACCGUUCAGACGUCGCCUUCUGCUAGGGACCCUGAUAUGGCCUAUCUUGUCUGUCCCUUUUGUUCUUAUCGUUACGAACGACGCUUCCGAAAACUACUAAACGCGCACCUGGACGACAUGCGACUAGGCAGCUGCAAAUCAAGAAUUACCACCGAAGAGGAUAAGCAGCGCUGGCUCGCCGCUCAAGGUCCUCUUCGACUUGCUUUCUCUGAUGAGGACAAUGCUAGGUUGACGCUUGCUGCCGCGGAAGCGAAAACAGAGGCUAUGCUCGUGAAGGCGCAGGCGAAGUUGGAGGCUGCGAGGCAGUCUAGGGUGUCCAGUGGGAUUGCGGCGAUGCUUGCGAGGGUGCGGAUUGAGAGUGAGAACACGCCUCCGAGGGUGCCUGGGGUCUUCACAACGUCAGGUGCCGGACAGCUCUGGCGCCCGGUGAAGAUCGAACAGGCGUCGCAACCGGUUGUCAAGAUCGAGGAGUCACGAGAUGUUCCUUACAUCAAGCUGGAGGACUGA